AUGACCAUGGUGAAAUCGGCCGUAAAGAAGGGAGGAAAAAGAUUGACUCACCAAGAGGAUCCGAAAAUUAGGGAUGGAGUUGUUAAACAUAGGGAGAAACUAACAAGCAGACAAAAACAAAGGCUUAAGAAGCGUUUCCUGAAAUCUGAUGAACUUGUUGAAAAUAGGACAUCUAAAAAGUCAUCUGACAGUGUGUCUGCGACUCAAAGUGGAUUUUUUGAAAAUGACGGUGACGAACUUAUGGUUGAUGAUUUUGGACGUCUAUCGGAUUUGGAAGAAGACAUUGAGACAAAUGCGGAUUCUGUAGAACCUGUAAAUGAAAAAGAGGAUAUUAUCACAAACCUCACUUCCGAAGAUGCGGUUGGAAAGUCUGCAAUGGAUUCCAGUACAUUAGACCAACGCAUUCGGAACUGGCUUUAUAUCCUCUCCGAUUUCAAAAACAGAGCACCUGCAGACCUCAAUAGGAGUUUGUGUGUUCGGACUCUGAUAAGCGACUUAUGUUCUCGCUAUUCGUACAACCAGUUCCUUAUGGUGAAACUUCUUGAUUUGUUUCCCAAAGAGGCUUUAAUAAAUCGCGGUGUAAACCUUGAUCCUUUGGAACCGUGGAGCAAAGUUGGACUUGUUGUUUAUUCAUCACAAGUACCAUUAGGCGCAACACCAGAAUAUCUUGCCGGUCAUUAUAUACUUCAGGGAGCUAGUUCUAUGCUUCCUGUAAUUGCCUUGUCCCCUCAGUUAGGCGAGCGUAUCUUGGAUUUGUGUGCUGCGCCUGGUGGGAAAACAACUUACAUUGCACAACUCAUGAAAAAUACUGGCACCAUUUUUGCAAAUGAAAUAAACCCCAAUAGAGCCAAAGCGUUACUUGGAAAUUGUCAUCGUAUGGGUGUGACAAAUACUGUCAUCUGUACAGAAAAUGGGCGGAAAUUUCCAAAUAUUAUGUCUAACUUCGAUCGAGUCCUCGUAGACGCACCGUGUUCUGGAACUGGUAUAAUUGCCAAAGAUCCUUCUGUGAAAACCACCAAGAAUAACGACGAAAUUCGGAAGUGUGUAGAAUUGCAGAAAAGAUUACUUGUAGCUGCUAUUGAUUCCUGCAAAGUUGGAGGUUACGUAGUCUACUCCACAUGCUCCAUAUUGGUAGAAGAGAAUGAGAAUGUUGUAAACUUUGCGUUAAGACGAAGAAAGGUACGUCUGGAGGAAACGAAACUGUUUGGGGAGAAGGGUUUCACUGCGUAG